GUGAUCGUGCGAUCGUGAAUACGGCGAUAGUUGAAGUUUUUAAUAUCUCUAAUUCAUCUGAAGUUAUUGAACUGAAUACAACGCUGUAGUUUCUUCCAAAAUGGGUGACCAUGACGACUUCGAAGACAGCCAGUACCCGGACAACGACGAGUUCGUACCGUAUGUAACGGCCGGCAACCUCGCACAAAGAAAUGGCGCGAAAGUCACGUUAUGGGGCAAAGUCACCAAGGUUUCUGGUAGCGAAGGCUUUUACGUGAAAACUGUGGACGACCAGGAAAUAUUGAUAAGGCUAAAGAGGCCGGUAAAUGACCCACUAAACGGUUGGUAUGAAAUUUAUGGAGUUUCACAAGGAAAAAGUGUACUAUGUGAUGAGUAUGUGCCACUUUCUGAAGAAAUAACAAAGAACAUCGAUAUAGAAGGCCACAAAGGGCUGGCGAGACUAUUGGCUGCUUUAGAUGACCCCUGGAAUCUUGGAGAUGAUGGGUCUGGAAUGGCUGGAGUUGUACCCAUGGAAAAUUAGUAUGUAAAGUUUAUUUAAGGUUAAGUUUAAGAUUACUUUUUAAAUGUAAAAUGCAAAAAAUAUACAGCAUAUUUUUGUAAAA